AUCAUCGUCUUUCUAUUUGAAUGUGACUCCUGGAAAUUGCGGAAAACGUGGAUUCGACAGUUUGAUGUCACUAAAAUUUUGAACUAUACAUUUACGACCAGCUUGGAAAAUCAAGUAUUUGGAACACGUAUGGUGGAGGAGAAAUUCGAACAAUUUUCCGGGAUCCAACCAUUUACCUUCGCCAAAAUGUUCACACGCACAUUGGAGAUAUUAGUUUUCUAGAAUUCAGAGAAGAGUUGUACAAAAAAUAUGGCUACAACUUAACUAUACCAACAUACCCAUUUGUGACCGUGGAAUCCAAAUUUCCUACAAACUGUACAUGGGAGUUCACAGAUUGGUUGGAGCAACAAACAAGGCGCACUGAUCGUCGGCCGAGAGCGUAUAUUCCAGACGGAGAGCAACGGGAUUACUUGAUGAAUAAAUACAGUGGGCUAUCAUAUAAAUAUGUCGAUGAAAGAAAAAAAAUUGAAUAUGACUUAUAAAAGUUGGGAUAACAUUGCAGAUAUCGUGACCUGGCACGCAAGAGACGUGCUCAGACUGGUGGAUGACAUGUCUGGAAUUUCCAUGCAUUACGCCAUGAAGAGAUAUUAUCUAUCUGGAAAGCGAGGGCUUGUUCUAGGAAGUGAUCACCCAAUCGUAGAAGUUCAAGCUAUACAAAAUGGUGCUUCUCGAAUAUUAUCCAUUGGACAGGUUGCUAGAGAAACAGAAGACAUUUCUACUUCAAGUCUCACAGACUUUGCUAAAAAUUUCAAAAAAUUUACGAAUGCUUUUGAUUUUGUCGCAAGCUACGGGGUCAUCGAGACAGUUGGUUUGGGAAAAUUUGGAGAUGUUCUGGACGCGUUUGGAGAUCUUCAAAUGAUGGCAAUGUUGGGAUGUUCAUUGAAAAAAGGAGGAUUGUUCUUUCUUGGAAUCCCAAUUGGAAGAGAUGCUUUAAUUUUCAAUCAGAAAAGAAUUUACGGGCAUGCGAGGUUACCCAUGUUGAUUGCAGGAUUCGAAUGGAUUGACACGUUUUCGGAAGACAGUGAGGCAUCUAUUGAAAUAACGGGACGAGAAAUCGAUAAGUUCCACAAAUUUGAGCAUUUCCGAAGAACUUUGGUUUUACGCAAACUUUAAUUUAAAUUAAUUUGAACUUCUAUAUUUUUUACUAAUUUUCUAUAAGCAACCAAUGCAAGCAAUUAAAGCAAGCAACAAACUAUGAAAAGUCGGAAAUAUCAAAAAAGCUUUACGGGAAAAAAGAGGGAAAUGCCGAUUCAUCGGGUAGAUAGGCUUCACGGUUUUCAAGCAUUUCUAGUUUUUUUGGAGAUUAUUUUGGCGAUAUGUAGCACAUGUAACAGAGACAGCUUCCCGUGGAUAUUUUCCAAAUGCGUUGAGAUACGUCACCUGCACAAACAACGUGCAUGUAUUUUUGCAAUAAUCAAUACUAAAUGUUUCACAUAUUUUCUUCUAAUAUUAAUUGUUCUAAUUUGAAUCUAAAAUUGUUUCUGAAAAGCACUUAAUUUUCCAAAAUAUUCUGCCGGCUCUUAUUUCCUUACUGUUUUUUUCGUUCGAUAUCUUCGAAAAAAAAUCUUGAAUCUAUCUGAAAUCGUAAAAUUUAUAUUUGUGAAAAAACUCAAAAGCACCACUCUAUUUUUCUGGAACUGUUGUUCAUUAUCAAUAAUAACGACUAUUUUUUACAAUCUCAAAAAAGGUUCUUUUCGGAUUUUUUUUUGAAAUCCUUUAAAUCCUUUAAAUCCUCUUCUGAAUUUUUUAACUGACUAAGAAAUCUUUUAAUCUACGUAAUUUUAUAUUUUAACUUAAACUUGCAAAUUCAUUUGCUCACCUCUUUUACAUUUCAUACAUAUGUUUUUUUCUUGAAAAUUUCUUUAGAAUCUUUGAUUUACAUAAGGCGGAAAAAUUACACAUUUAAAAAAACGGGAACAAAAACUGUAUACUCGUAACAACUUAAAAUUUAAAUGCAUUAAAAGACAUCGUGACCUGAAAAUAAUAUCAUCUUUUUGAGAGCUAAAAGGUGAAAUUGGUUAAGAAAAACUUCACAUAUUUCCAACAAAAAAAAUCUAAAUUAUGCUAAGAAGUUGCAAGGGUGCGUUCGGAAGUUGCGGCAUUUUUGCCAAGGACUCCUUCUGUAAGUGACCAGUGUCCACGCCUCAACGUAAUCUCGAGAUCACCGAUAAAGUCCAAAUUACGCAAUCUACUAUAAUAAGCCAAAAACUUCCAUACAUCCAUACAUAAACUGGAUAUCCUCUGCUUUCUUGCCCUAUGUUUCCACUGUCUUCUGUCUGAAAUAACUGCUCCCUUUUCAUUCAACCUAUACUGUUUGAAGAAUGGAAUCUAAUAAUGAAGAAUGUUGGUUCAGAAUGUUUAUCAAUUUUUGCAAGUUACAAAAUAUUUUGAGGAUUCUCGUUGUUGUUUCAUUAUUUGGUUUUAUUAUUAUAAUCGACUAUCAGCUAAGAGCAAGGCAAAGAGAAGAGGAGCUAAAAGUCUUAAGGAGUCUAUAUUUAGCGGAUGACCCUGAGGAAGGCAGAACCGUUGGAUAUGAAAUAAUUGGAGACACUAUUCGAUACAGUGUUGUCGAGAAACCCAAAAUUGCAAUAGUUAGCAUUUUAAGAUCCCUUGAACAGACAAAGUAUUACGACAUUGCUAUCAGUACCGUAAAAUGUUACGCCAAGAUUCAAGGAUAUCACUACAUUUUAGCAGUGGAAAAAGAUUUUGAAUGUUUCCAAAAAGAUCAAUUCUUUCGCCGUCAUUGCAUUGUUUCAAAGAUUCUUCCCAACUUUGACGCCGUGCUAUUUUUAGACGCAGAUAUUGGAGUUGUUUAUCCGAAACGGAGAAUUGAAGAAUACAUGUAUCAGAAUUUUGACAUAAUUUUCUACGAUCGAUUUUACAACUGGGAGAUCAUGGCAGGCUCUUAUUUGGCGAUGAAUACGCCGUACGCAAUUAAGUUUUUGCACGAUUUUGCAAAUUAUGAGAAUACUUUACCGGAUAGCUUUCAUGGAACGGAUAAUGGAGCACUUCACUUUUUCAUUGCCGAGCGUUACUUCCCUGAAGAAAUGUACACUAUCGACCUUUGCCGUAAACCAUACAAAUAUUCAAGAGAUUUCAAUGAUGUGUUCACUUAUGAAGCAUGCCUUCGUGGAAUCCUCGGAGCUAGAACUGAAUUCGAUCGCGUGAAAAUUCUGAAAAAGGGCACGGGAUGGGCUCGUGAUAGUUGGAUAACCGAUGGAGUUUGGAAUAAAGAAAUUGGAGAUUUCAUGCUACAUUCAUGGAAGACAAGCCAACUACAAACAAUUCCAAACCGGAAAAUUCGACCAAAAAAGACAUCAAUGUACGAAUGGUUCAACCCACUUAUCGGUGCAAUUCAUCUCGACAAAUGCCAUCCGAAGAACAUGUCAUGGAAUUACGAUGAACGAUUGUUAGGCGACUCUGAGGAGAUGAUGCAAAGUUUGACAGAAUUCAGAAAUCAAGUAACAAAACAACAAUUUCAUUUCUACUACAGAAUGAAAUCAUUUGUCUGAAUUAGUCAAUUCUACUUAAUUAUUUGGUUUAAAAAACUCUCAAUUGAACGGGUUAAAAUAAAAUUUGUCGAUUUU